ACGAGCGGCUGGUGUCACACUGAACUCUGUCCCAGUGUGUGUGGGACCACGCCGAUUGAUUCCGCCAAGAUGUCGACCGCUGUGCUCUGUUCCAGAGUCCUUCAGAGAGCUACACAUGGGUUCGUCUUCUCCUCCAGGGCUGUGCCCGCCUCCUCCAGCCCAUUUCUGUGUCGUGCUCAUAGACUGGGGCCCAGUGAUGAUGAGAUGUACCAACGCACCACAGUGUCCGUCAUGCAGAAGGAGCCGGGCAGUGGGGUCAUGAUCCAAAGCUACAGCUCCGGAGGGUUCAACAUCGAUGGUAAUCGAGUGUUUGGACCCUGUGCUGUGCUGCCUCCUGCGAUCCUGCAGUGGAACGUUGGCAGUCAUACAGACAUCACAGAGGAAAGUGUCUCGCUCUUCCACAUGCUUGAACCAAGAAUAGAGAUCCUUGUGCUGGGAACCGGCGCACGGCUUGAACGAAUCAACCCCUCAGUCCUCGCUCUACUGAAGAGGAAGGGCAUCGCUGUGGAGGUGCAAGAUACGCCAAACGCAUGUGCAACCUUCAACUUCCUGACCAGUGAGCGGAGAGUGGCUGCUGCUGGACUGAUCCCUCCACCGGUCAGCACUGCUCUGGAAUUAACACAGGAGUAAGUCCUGUGAUAUCCUUCAGUAUCAGAUGGUGCAGCCUGUGAGAUGUUCCUCUGCACAAAGCUCCAAAAGGAGACAAACAUUCACCUCUGAUGUUUGGUUAGACAGUUAUUGUACAGAUUCAUAUGUUAAGAGCAGCCCCCUGUGUACACAUGUGUAUAUAAUUAAGGACACAGAUGCCGCAGAAUUAGACCUGAAUACAGUUCACCUGCGUUCCUAUGUAGAAAAUAUUAUUUGUAUAAAUGAUAUAUUUGAAGUGUCACAUUUACUAAUGCCUCAAAUAUCAUGUAUUUAAUGUAUUUUCAUGCAUAAAUGUAUAAGACCAUA